AACCCAGCUCCAACACACCAAAGAUCAGCUCAACCAAACCUCUGGACUCCUGUCCGAGCCAGGACGGCCCAGCGCGAGGGAGCCAUGCCACAGCCCCCGAGACCGCUAAUAAUGCCGUGCUUGCAGAAGCUGGGCUUAUCGGACGGCUCCCAAUGGAUGAGAGCGAUGGAAAAGAAGGAAGAAGGUGGACAACCACCAUCAUCAUCAGCUCAUCGCUUAAGAAUUAUGAGAUUGCAACUGCCCUAGAAAAUCGAAGCCACAAGGUUCGCUAUUCAGAUACAUUGGAAAGUGGAUCCAUUGUAUUUUCUCUCUCUGGAGUUGCAUUUUUAUUGAUGGAUGCUAAAGAAUGUAUAUCAGCUGAGGAAACAUUUCUAACCAAAAUUGAGAAGUUUAUGAACAUUCACCAAAACAGUUUUUUGGUUCUAUUUGCCUCACUCCAUGGGCCUGAGGAAUGGAAUCUCAUGUUCAGGAUUCAGCAGAGAUUCUUGGGCAGUAACUUACGAGUACUUCCCGUGCAUAACACAGUAAAUGCCAUUGACCUUAUGUGCACUCUAGCCAAGACUUCCUCCAAACCAAACAUAGACAGCAUCUGCUACAGAAUGAUAACAACUAAAGCUUACAUCAUAGAGCAAAGCCCUGUGUGGAGAACACUCCAAAAGAUAAAGCUGAGCACUGAUGCAAUCAGUCCAGAGUCAGAAUACUAGCACAAGUGUUCUGUUGGAAGAUUAUCAAAAUAAUUUAAGUCAUUAAAUUAUAAUGUUCAAAUAUAUACUUAAGGGCAUUUAUAUGUACACCAUUAAACAUGAUUUUACU